AUGGCUGCUGGCCCCAGAAUCACUCUCUACGUUGACAUCGUCAGCCCGUUUGCCUACAUAGCAUACCAUGUGCUACGGAACUCCCCUGUUUUUGCGAAAUGCACAGUGACAUAUGUCCCUGUAUUCCUUGGUGGAAUCAUGCACGCUACGGGAAACAGCCCUCCAAUCCGUAUCAAGAACAAGGAUAAAUGGAUCAAUAAAGAGCGCAUGCGCUGGGCAAAGGUAUUGGAAGUCCCCAUUUCAAAGGCUACGCCAGAGGGAUUUCCAGUCAAUACCCUAGCUGUCCAGCGUGCUCUAUGUGCCAUUGCGGAGGAUCGACCUGAAAAAUUAACCGCCUCCCUUGAUGCAUUAUACCAUGCCCUAUGGGUCAAGGCGGACUCAGCUGUUGGUAAACCCGAGGGCUUCCUGCCUGUGCUGGAGAGUGUGAUCGGAAAGGAAGCCGUUGUCAAAGUGGCGGAGAAGGCAACUACUGCCGAAAUUAAAAAGGCUCUCAUCUCAAACACGGAUCGGGCCGUGGAAUCCGGGGCAUUCGGCUUGCCGUGGAUUGAAUGUACGAACGCGAAAGAUGAGACGGAGUCCUUCUUCGGCGUUGAUCAUUUUGGAAUGGUCAUGGCCUUCUUGGGUCUGGAAGGCACCCUCACCAAGGGCUUUAAGUCUUUGUUGUAG